AUGAAGCCGGAACCGGACGAGACCUAUCAGUUGGGGAACGUCAAGGUCUUGUCGCAGAGCAGCGAGGAGGAAGUCGUCUGCCAACUGCCGACGAGUGGUGCCCGCCCCAAGUCGGAGUCGAAUCGGAGCCAGGAGCCCGCCAUGGUGGCGACCAGCAUCAGUGAGGAUCCGCAUGCCCAGCUCCAUCGACAAGAUGGGCUGCAGUACGUGAGCAGCAACCUUAGCGAUCUCAUGUCGGCCUCCUUCUUUGAAAGCGAUACCUACGAGCUGCUCGUUGGUGGCCUGAUCCUGGUCAGCGUGAUGGUGCUGGGGGUGCAGCUGCAGUAUCAGGGCUAUCUGAUCGGCCAUGCGCUGUCCUACCCACACAUGGACGAAAACCCCGCGGACGUGUGGCAAAGCUUCCCGGCCCUUUUGGAUUCGCCAGCUCAUAGCGCCGCAAAAGCUAGCAUGGCAUCCCAUGUCCAAGGCAAUCAGUGCACUUCGCGCACGGAGCGUAUCCAACUCGCACUGAUGGACCGAACCAUCGGGUUGAAAGCAUCUUAUCUCAAGGCAGAAGAACAGUCCUUAUUGGACGCCAUCAGCCAGGACACAAAGACCUCAAAGAACCGAAUGUUCUUCCUCACUGGUGAUGAAAGGGCCGUUUUUGAUGGAGCAAGCGACGACGAAGUUGAACAGGACAUUGCUCUGCCCAGCUCGCCAUCCUCGGCAGAGAUGCAGAUGAACCCACAAUCUUGGUCGCAACCCGUGGACACAGCUGACAUGCUCCAGGACACCGUGAAGCGAUGCCUCAGUCUUCCAUUGUCCUGUAUUGGUGCGGCAGCCGCCGUCCUGCACAGUUCUGUGCCAGAGUCCCUACAUGCGGGGGCGUCCUUCUUGUAA